CGGAUUAGACUCUACGUGAUCUUUAUAUGGAUAUUGACUGGUAAGUGUUCAUACCAAUCACAAGUUGGUCCUUUCUACGAGCCAGUCAGACAGCGCAAACUAACUACAACAAAUUUCAGGUGUUAAGAUGCUGAAUUAUUCUCUAUUUUGGCGUAGAAAAAUCUUAUCUCAUCAAAAUGAAUCCAGUAGAAUUGCCUGUCUGAAGUUCUUAGUUUUCAUAGGUUUGUUUUAUUUUUUCAAUAAGACACUGUCUAUAUCAUUGUGUUAUGAGUUCGAAAAGUGCUGAUGAUGAAAUUUUGUUGAAAUGGUGGAAGGAUCAUAACUGAGUCCAUCCAUAUAUUUAGGGAAAACGUCAAGCACCAUCGCCGACAGUAGAAGAAUUCAAUAGUUACUAUAUUCUUUACAAAGUAGCUAGUUAUUCAGAAACAUUAGCUGAAGUGACAAUUGGUUUUCGACUAUUUUUUGCAACGGAUUGCCUUAUGCUGAUUUGUCAAAAGAGCCUAGUACAAACAGUAACAACUCAAAUAUUUAAUGUCAUUCGACUUAAAGAGGAUACAUUUAGUACAUUUUUUGGUUCGACAACGUCAAACGAUGGUAAUAGUGGGAGUAGUAAUAAUAAUUCAACAACACUACGGAUAACGUUAACAUCAACUGUCAUUAAUCAACCACAGCAGCUGUCAUCGAGUAAACCUGGAGAUGCUUCUGCUACUGGAGGUGUUUCUAAUGUACUGUCAGUCACACCAGAAACAACCUCAAGAACACAAGCGUCUACCGGUGAAACACAGACAACCAAGCAACCUGCUGCCAGCAGUCCAAGUGUAACAACUAGUUAG